GGGAAAUGUGUGUUUUUGGCCACCCAUUUCAAGGAUUUAUGUACCAGAGUAUGUUAAUCAUCUCUGAUACAUCUCAUUUAACAGAAAAACAUGAAUAAGAUGUAAGUGCAUCUGGUAACCCAUUUAUCAAUUUGUGUCUUGAUUAAGCCUUUUACAGGAUGUCUGUGUAAUAUCUAUUCCAGUCACAAGUAACAGAUUUUACAGUAACUGCUUCUGUUGGGGUAAAACCAUAUAACCAAGGCGGAUAUGAUUUUCCAUGUGUGAUCUUCAAAGUAAAAGCGACACCUAUAUCUUAUUUUCCUGGGGCGUCUGCCUCUGUUACGUUGUUUAUCAGGCUAAAUACGGAGCAAGGAACACAGCAGCCAAUCAGCUUCCAACAUGAGGGGUCCCAUGGUUGCUAAGCAAUUGCUGCUGUACUGUAAUUCUACCAGAUGAGAGAGCUGCAGGGGUUCGGAAGAAAGGCAAUAAGAAAUCAUCAUAAAACCCAGAGGAGACCAAUGAUCCAGUGGCACCAUUUUCCCCGCCCAUUAAACAGUGAAAAGGACAAUGCUACUAAGCACCCAAGGGGAGUAGAGUGGUGUGAGGGCUGGGCAACCAUGGGUAAAUAAACUGCCUGUCUUGAACCUAACAAUCACAAUUAGCUACAUUUAAAGUGGAGAACAAGCCUCCGCUUUGGUGAUCUCUGAGGGUUGUAGCCAUUUACACUCGUACCCGUAUACGACUUGAAAAUGGCAGAUUUGGGUACUGAUAAACGCAUACAUUGGAACGCAAUGGCAAUAGGCCUAAAGUAACAUGUUCAGAGGCGUCAUGCACAUCUCAGUCUGUAUUGUGGGGGAGUUUGCCAAAGGUUCAUCCAUGUUCAAUGUUUGAUAUGUAUCUGUUAGCCUACCUAUCAAUUCGUUAACUGAAUGUACUGUAUCUCCUGUCAUGUGGUAAUUAUCAUUGACAUUUACACCAAAUAAGAAACCAGUUACUUCGUUUUUAAAACGUUUGUUAUAAAAUAGAAGGGCUACUAGAUAAGGCUUUCAUAAUGGAUUUUAGCUACCUUGGAAGAGGGUCCAUCUGUUAGUUAUCAUGUCUGUAAUGACACUAGCAGCCUACAGUCACCCAUUGCGCUUAAUUAUCGAAGACGGACACAUUCAUGACUUAAAAUGCGCCUGCCUGGGGGUGAUGCGGGGAGUUGUUUUAAGCAGCCUAACCGGUCAAAUCAACGACUAAAAUGACCAAAUAUUUAUCCAUGUCCAAUAUUUUUAAUUGCUAGUAGAAUAUAACAUUACGUCAUAGAAGUGUAGCCUGACAAAAUGCCGUCCUGAAUGGUCUGAGGCAAACGCAUUGUGACAACCUCAAACUGGUCGAAAAGGAUCUGAAUAAUAUUUAGUCCAACUGUUGAAAUAUCGCAGACAGGGACCAGCAACCCCACAGAUACAUCUCACCUUCCUAAUUUCGGAGAGGACAAUGCGUCGAAACGAUACCGCUCCCACUACACGCAAGUUGCAGGGAGGGAUCUUCUUACCAAAGCCUCAGAAUGCCAUCACCAUUGCGGUGUCAUCGCGUGUCCUCUUCAACAUGGAUAAGGAGCAGCAAAUCUACGAACAGAAAGGCAUGGAGGACUACCUCAAGUACCAGAUAGAGCAUGAGAUGGAGCCCUUCGCCCCCGGCCCUGCUUUUCCUUUCGUUAAGGCUCUGGAGGCAGUGAAUACUCGGCUGAGGGAGCUGUACCCUGAGAGUGAGGAGCUCUUUGACGUUGUGCUCAUGACCAACAGCCACGCACACGCCGGUCUCCGACUCAUAAACACCAUCAACCACCAUCAGCUCUUCAUUGAGCGUUUCUGUAUGACGGGUGGGAACAGUCCCAUUGGGUACCUGAAGGCUUACCACACUAACCUGUACCUGUCUGCUGACCCCAUGAAGGUCCGAGAGGCCCUGGAGGAGGGGAUCGCAGCAGCCACCAUGUUUAAUCCACCAGAGAAGAGAACAGAAGUGUCAGAGACUCAGCUGCGGGUGGCCUUCGAUGGGGACGCAGUGCUCUUCUCUGACGAGUCAGAGCGCAUCUUUAAGGCCCACGGACUGGACAAGUUCUUUGAGCAUGAGAAGACACACGAAAACACGCUUCUUGAUCAUGGACCACUGAAAGGGUUCCUGGAGUCUCUGGGGAAGCUGCAAAAGAAGUUCUAUGCCAAGGAUCAGCGUCUGGACUGCCCCAUCCGUACCUACCUGGUGACGGCACGCAGCGCAGCCAGCUCAGGCACCCGGGCCCUGAAGACACUGCGAUCCUGGGGCCUGGAGACAGACGAGGCCCUCUUCCUUGCUGGGGCCCCUAAGGGGCCAAUGCUGGAGAAGAUCCGGCCUCACAUAUUCUUUGACGAUCAGAUGUUCCAUGUGGAGGGAGCUUCGCAGCUGGGGACCGUGGCAGCUCAUGUGCCAUAUGGUGUGGCUCAGAAACUGCCCCAGCAGAAGCCUGCUAAGGAGAACACGAAAGACUUUAACGCUGCCACCAAGUAGUCUGGAUUUCACUCUCUUCCCUAACCCAAGGGACAAUAAAACAACAUUGUGUAUUUGAAUGAGACAGUCCUUUUCAGUGCCCUCAGUUUUCUGGGGAGAGAAUCACAUGACAAUGGGAGAAGCAUAGAGGGAGGGCAUGCCAUUUUCACCCGUGUCAUGUGUCAUCACAAGAGACAGUGCCAGUAGAUGUAAAACAAAACGUCAAAUAUCGUAUGCCCAAAAAGUGCUGUACGUACAUAUCCAGAUCUUGACCUACCAAGGUAAAAGAACUGGAAUUGUAUCUAAUUAACUCUGUCAGACCAGGAAAAAUACAAUUUUACAGCAAUUCCUCAAAUAGAAUCUGCACACAAUUGCAAGGUCUAUCGCCAGUCCUGCAAUGAUGUAAUAAUGCUGUGAAAUUGUGAAAAUUUUAAUACCAUUUUAGUGUUAGAAAUGUUUGAAUAUAAAUGUCUCUUUGCUAAUAAGCUAUUUUUGUUUCAUUUUAAUUGAAUACAAUCACCGUAAGGUACUUAAUUGUUACCCAGAAAUGAUUUAAUAUUUAGAUGGAAACAGCUCCAUUGGAACUUUACCAUAGCAUUAACGUUCCGAAAACCAUCCUUUACAUCCAAAAAUCCACCCAAAUAUAGACUAUACAAUAGUUGUGGAGUUUACAGAUCUGUGAAUUGUAGCAACAUCAUGAUGAAACUCCAGAACCCCAAAAUGUAUAAAUGCAUUAUCUCAGUCUAUACAGAUAUUUGGCAAUACAGUAUUUGUAACAUUGAGGGGGAGGGGUGUUUAUAAACCUACAGUAGACUGUACCUGUAUCAUUUCAGCAUAUCACAUUUAUCUUAGGUUGAAAACAUGUUUACGGAAUAUGUAUGGCAUGUUAUUGACGUCAUUGUUUGUUCUAUUAUUUUGUUUCUAAUCUAGGAAACUUUAUUUAGUACCUUUGGUGUACUUUUGUUUGCUCCUCAUGCAAGUUACUAUAUGUGCUGUAUGGCUGCGUUUACAAAGACAACCCAAUUCUGAUCUAUUUCCAAUAAUUGGUCUUUUGACCAAGAUAUUAGAUAUUUUUCAGAGCUGAAGACCAAUUAGUGAUAAAAAAAGAUCAGAACUGGGCAGCCUGUGUAAACAUUUAGUGCAAUCUUAGCUCCUUUGGACGUCCCUAGCCUAAACCCUAACCUUAACAAUUCUAAAUGUCCAUUUAAAUGGUGUAGGGACGUCCUAAGAAUCUUGGAUACCCUGUCUAAACGCAGCCUAUGCAAUGUUAACUUAAAGUGCAAAAAUGGACAACCUCCUCUCACUUUAUAAACAUGGGCACUGAGCCAUUCUGUAAAAACAUGGCUUCUGUGAGGAGAUGGCAUAAUGUGUAAAUUAUAUGGCUUUUAUAUUUGUUUAUUGACAUUUAUUCCAUUCAAUCAUCCCAUAUCCUGUGUUAUGAUACUGGUGGUUUGUACGGUUGUGGCUGUCAGUACAGCUUCAUUUAGUCACAUCAAGAAAAACUACAGUUUGUAGCCAUGAACUACUACUGGUAGGGCCAGUCAUGUAUAGCCAUAAGGGACAUUUUGGUGACCUGCAUGAGAGCAUCAGCUGUUCCGGACGACUGUGUGA